GCGGGGCUCCGAUGGAGGCCGCCUCGCCGGCGGGACCUAGCGGCCGGCAGCCGCACGCGCCGGGCUCGGCCAGCCUGCUGUUCUGGAUCAAGGGCAAACUCUUCACCUGGAAUAUUUUGAAAACAAUUGCCUUAGGUCAGAUGUUAUCCUUGUGUAUAUGUGGGACAGCCAUCACCAGCCAGUAUUUGGCAGAAAGAUAUAAAGUGAAUACUCCCAUGCUACAGAGCUUUAUCAACUACUGCUUGCUGUUUCUAAUUUAUACAGUGAUGCUGGCAUUUCAAUCAGGUAGUGAUAAUCUUUUGUACAUCUUGAAAAAGAAAUGGUGGAAGUACAUCCUGCUUGGACUAGCAGAUGUAGAGGCUAAUUACCUGAUUGUCAGAGCAUACCAGUACACAACUCUAACCAGUGUCCAGCUUUUGGAUUGCUUUGGGAUUCCUGUGUUGAUGGCUCUUUCGUGGUUUAUUCUUUAUGCAAGAUACAGAGUGAUCCACUUCAUUGCUGUGGCUGUCUGUCUUUUGGGUGUAGGAACUAUGGUUGGUGCAGACAUAUUAGCAGGGAGGGAAGAAAAUACAGGUAAUAAUGUACUGAUUGGUGACAUCUUGGUUCUUCUUGGAGCUUCCCUCUAUGCUGUUUCUAACGUGUGUGAAGAAUACAUCGUGAAGAAGCUGAGCAGACGGGAGUUUUUAGGAAUGGUGGGCUUAUUUGGAACAAUUAUCAGUGGCAUACAGCUAUUGAUUGUGGAAUAUAAGGAUAUUGCCAGCAUUCACUGGGACUGGAAAAUUGCCCUGCUAUUUGUAGCAUUUGCCCUCUGUAUGUUUUGCCUGUAUAGCUUCAUGCCACUGGUGAUGAAAGUCACCAGUGCUACUUCUGUCAACCUGGGCAUCCUGACAGCUGACCUCUACAGUCUUUUCUUUGGACUCUUUCUGUUUGGCUAUAAGUUUUCAGGACUCUACAUCCUGUCCUUCACCGUCAUCAUGAUAGGGUUCAUCCUGUACUGCUCCACCCCGACACGCACAGCAGAGCCAGCUGAAAGCAGUGUACCACCAGUCACCAGCAUUGGAAUUGACAACCUGGGAUUGAAGCUUGAGGAGAACCUGCAGGAGACCCACUCUGCAGUCUUGUAG